AGUGUGUAUGCGGUAUGCCCGCUAUAUGGCGAUACUGUUUGUUUAGCAGUCUGGCUACUGUGAUCGACAGAAACACACGAGUGUUAGCACUAUUGCCUUAAAUAGAGUACACCGUUAUCUUGAGGAAGGAAAUUGAUAAAUUCUACAAUGGCUUCUGGGGCAACUACGUCAGCGCCAGUACCAUCGGCAAAUGCGGGUCCGUUACUUCUGGGUCCAGAAAAUACCAUCUUGGAUUGCCCGUUCUGCCGUCACCAAAUCAAGACCGCCGUGCAGUACACCAAUAACUCGGGGACGCACAUCGCAGCCGCCUUGUGGGGCCGAAUUUGCUUCCUCUGCUGUAUCCCCUACUGCGGGGAGUCUGCCAAGAACGCGGACCACUACUGCCCUAACUGCGCCAAAUACCUCGGAACUUAUCGUAGAUAAAUAUGUACCAAAAACUUUUUAAAGACUAGGUAAUAAGUACUUACCUAUACAUAGUUUAAGAAUUUGCUUAAC